GAAAACAGUCAAUAAACUUAAAAACGUUGACGAUCGCAAUGUGUCAAACAAAGCGAAGGUGCUGAUCAGCAAAUGGAAGAAGAUUGCGGGAGUAGAGGAAAAGACCGCUAGGCCAAGUGCCUCAUUCGCACCCCCACGCAGCAGCGACAAAGACAGUGACUAUAAUGACGGGGAAAGUAAUGACCAGAACUCAGGACCACCUCUUAUUCAUCUUAUGUAUGGUAGUGUCAGUGUCAUUGCCAGUGUUAUUGUCAGUGUCAAUAUCAGACCGUUCCACCUACAGCCCAUACCCAUCCAGUGCGAGGAGCCGCAGUCCCAAUGCCCCAAAAAUAGUGGUAAGGGUGCACUAAGUGGUACAGGAUCUCGCAAACGACCUGCCCCAACCACAAAGACUCUGUCAGCGGCCGCUUUCAAUCAGUGCUCGGACGAUGCACAAAAACGUAGACGACAGCAGGAGGCUAUAGAGACACGCAAACGCGGUCUAGACAAAAGUAACUUUGGAGCAGCACGACCACAGGGAGAGACCAUGGCGUAUGGCGCAAACGGUGGGUGUGUCUAG